AUGAAACGUGAGUUUGUGGGGUUUUGGGUAUUUUUUGAUACUAGGUUUUUUUUCGUAUGGGAAUUUGUGGGCCGUAUUUUAGUCGAUUUUUUAUGGGUUUUGAGGGAAAAUGGGGAGAAUGGGGCCCCAUGGGGUACUUCCAGAAAUUUUUUUUUAUUUUUUAAGAAAAUUUAGUAAACUUGAUAUGAUUUUUUAUGAUAUUUUUGAGAUUUUUUGAUUCAUUUUUCAUCCAAAUUAAAAAAAAAAUAAAAUUAAAAUUUUUGACGUUUUUGCAAAUUUUGGCCGAGAUUUUUUUGGCGUUUUUGCAAAAUACUUUCUUUUUUUGAUUUAUUUUUAUUAUUAUUUUUUCAUUUUCAGUCCUUUUUUUCCUCGCUCUGUUCCUCGCCGUGCUGGGAUUGGUCAUCGCCGAAGGUCCCAGAAGAACCUGUGGCGACAAGCUAAUUGCCCGUGUGAAGGAGGUCUGCGAAAGUGGGAAGAGUAAGUUUUUUUUUUAAUUUUUCGAUUUUAAUUUUUUUAAAAUUUUUAAAGAUUUUUUUAUUGUUAUUUUUUUAUUUUUAAAACUUUUUUAAAUUUUUAAAAAUUGUUUAAAAUUUUUAAAUAUUUUUUUAUUUUUAUUUUGUUCUUAAUUUUUUCAAAAUUAAAAUUUGUUUUUAAAUUAUUUUAUUUCAUUUUUUUAUUUUUAAAAUUUUUAAAUAUUUUUUUUAUUUUGUCCUUAAUUUUUAAAAAUUUUAAAAUAUUUUAAAAAAUUUUUUGAAUUUAAUUAAAUUAUUAUUUUCAGGACUCAAGCUGAUGUCAGACGUUUCCCAGGACUGCUGUGCCAAGCCUUGCACCGACGAACAGAUCAAAGAAAACCACUGCACACCCAAGGAAUAA